ACGAACACAAUAUAUAUAACAGCAAGUGGUUAGAGAUUCUAUCUAAGACACAAGUCCGUCGUCUGAAACUUUACUUUCUUCCGCAAAUUCUCAGACAAGCAGCAUCAAACCCUAGCUCCAGAAACUAGUCAUGUCGUCCAAGCAAGGAGGAAAGGCUAAACCUUUGAAGCAGCCAAAAGCUGAUAAGAAGGAAUACGACGAGCACGAUAUGGCCAACCUUCAGAAGAAGAAAGACGAGGAAAAGGCACUUAAAGAACUAAGAGCCAAGGCAUCGCAGAAGGGAUCCUUUGGAGGCUCUGGACUUAAGAAGAGCGGCAAGAAAUGAUUCCGUUCUUAUCCAUGUAGCCUGUCGUUGACAGUGCAUAUUUAUCUACUUGAAAAAACAAAAUAAUCGUGUGCUGUGUAAGAGAGUGACUUUGCUUCUCCCAUACAUAUAUGUUUACUCUCACCACUUCUUCUUGAAAUUGGAAAAUGGUUACUAUCCUAA